UCAAAAGAGAAUCUGAUGACAUCAUCAUUCAUAGCAGACUGAAGUAAUAAACACACAGAUUGGAGAACACCAUAGAACCAAUACUAUGCCACGUGAUUCAUGAUUUUCAAAGGUCUCAUAAUGUCCCACUCAAAAUGGUCCACCCUUUUGAGAUUCUCCACACAUCUUCCCAAACCAUUACACCAUAAAUGGGAAAUCUCCAAGGAUGAAGCCAUAUAAAAUUCCUAUGUGGUCUUAGGAAGACAAAAGGGAAGAAUGAGAUACAAAAGAAUAAUUCCAUUGUUAAUGCUUUUACUGCUUCUAUGGGCUUUGCAUAAAAAGCAUCAUUUCAGACCAAAGAAACUGCAGCGAGUAUAUCAGUGCUGGUCUAUGAAUGAUCAACCAGCAGAACUACAGAUAUCAGACUGGUAUAGUCCCAACACAGCCUCGAACUUGACUAGCAACUGGUCAGCUCCGAUUGUGUGGCAUGGCUCUUACAACGAGGAAGUACUGGAAAAUUACUACGCAAAACAUACAAUUACUGUAGGGUUGACUGUGUUUGCUGUGGGAAGGUAUAUCGACUACUAUUUGGAAAGAUUUAUAGCAACUGCUGAUAAGUAUUUCAUGGUUGGCCAGAAAGUGAUCAUUUAUGUCAUGAUAGAUGACUCCUCCAAGAUGCCUUGGCUGCCGCUGAGUCCCCACCGCUCAAUCAAGGUUUUUGAAAUCAAGCGAGAGAAGAGAUGGCAGGAUGUCAGCAUGAUGCGCAUGAAGACCAUCAGUGAGCAUGUCAUAGAGCACAUCCAAUACGAGGUCGACUUCCUCUUCUGCAUGGAUGUGGAUCAGAUCUUCCUAAAGAAAUAUGGCCUGGAGACCCUGGGAGAGUCAGUCGCUCAGUUACAUGCUUAUUGGUAUCAGAAAAAUGCUACCCAGUUUCCUUAUGAGAGAAGUACAUUAUCAGAAGCAUAUAUACCCAUGGGUGAGGGGGAUUUUUAUUACCAUGCUGCUGUAUUUGGUGGCACUCCUGUUCAGGUUCUCAAUAUUACCAGGGAGUGCUUCAAAGGAAUCAUGAAGGACAAGGAGAAUAACAUGGAAGCAGUGUGGCAUGACGAAAGUCACUUAAAUAAGUAUUUCUUUCUCCAUAAACCUACUAAAAUCUUGUCACCAGAAUACUGCUGGACUUUCAGAUUACCUGAGAGUUCUGUUAUUAAAAUUGUCAAACUCUAUUGGGCUCAGAAGGAUUAUAACCAUCUCAGGGUGAAAAACUAAUUUUAUAGUCCUUCCUUGAGAGUUCUGAAUUUAAAAGCAUCAUUUGGUUUUAUCCUUUAGAAAAUCAGCAUUUGACAAAUUUGAGCACUAAAAAAAAAUCCUCUGACAAGACGGCAAGCCCACCAACAUGGCAUUCUCAUACUUUGCUCGCAUUUACUUGGGAUAUAGCAGUUGCUAAAUGAAUGUACUGACUGUGGAACUAUUACUUAUUAGAUCACAUUGAACAAAAUAGAAUCUCUCACGUGAAGAUGAAGUCUGAAAUACUGUCACUAACCCAUGUAGAUAUACAUUGUCAUAUUGUUUAAAGAAAGGGAUUGUGUAGAGGUGUGAGUGAGGGAAAGUUACAGCAAACGACUGGUGACAAUGAUCUGGUGUGUCAUUUGAUGACACCAGAUGAGCAGAUCGUUACUUAGGAAACUUUGAGUCAUUCAAAAAGAACUAUAUAUUUUAAAACUACAGAGUUGUUUGCUGCAAAAACUAAUGAAAAUAAAAAGAGAAAACUGAAAACACCCUUUUUUAAAGAUUUAUUUUAUUUAU